AUGAAGGGAGUGUUUUGGUUUCUAGUUGUAUCAGUGGUGGUUGCAACAUGGAUUCCUCUCUCACACUCAAAAAAACUGGCUGCAGUCGCUAGAAAGGAGGACGUACCUUACAUAAAGUGUCAAGUUUGUGAGAUACUCGCGAAACAGUUGUAUCAACAAGUUCAGAACAAGCGAGCUGAGAUUUCUCCCAAAAAGAUUUCGGAAUACCAAAUCAUUGAGAUAGCAGAGAAUGUUUGCAAUCUGAAAAAAGUUGAAGCGGAUUGGAUAUUGCGUAUAGAUAUUGUAGAAAAAGAAGAUAGGUUGGAGCUGGUGGAGCAUGACUCUGAAGGACAGUGCGAUUCUGAAUGCAAGACAAUUGAGCGUGCUUGUCAGGAUGUUAUGGGAUAUUCUGAUACUGACAUUGCUGAAUAUUUAUAUACAUCCAAGCAUGAUCUUGAUUCAUUGUUCAACUAUCUAUGCAAAGACCUUAGUAAAGCAUGCAAUACCAAGCCACCCCCUGUCCCUAAGGAUAGGACACCAGGUGAACCAUUUGUUGCAAAGUCUGCCAAGGAAGCUGAAAUGGAGAAGCUACUAAAAUCUAUGGAGGGCAUGCCAGGCGCACCCGGCAUGAAAAUGUACUCAAGAGAGGAUUUAAUGAAGAAAAAUUUCGGUGCUGAAAAUGAAGAUGACGAGGACGAGAGUGACGAUGAGGACGACGGCUUACCUUCAAACUUGGGAAACGUUUUGAGAUCAAAAGAAAAGAAAGAAGGUGACUGGAAGCAGAAAAUAAGAAAAAUAAUUGUGGACACAAGCACUACCCUUAAGAAACAUGCAACCAAAGUUUCGUAUCGUAUACAACGGUGGUGGAAAGGAAAGAAGACAGCCGCUUCAAAGAAGAGUUCGAAAUCAGAGCUUUAG